AUGGUCAAAUAUGAGCAAUUUGGAACCAGCAGAUAUCCAUCAUUUGGCAUGAAUCACAAUGUGACAAUGGAAUUUCCAAUUCCUAAUUCUAAGUCAAACAAUAAACAAACAUAUAUCCCAGACGUCGAGGAUGUUGAAGGUGAGGCUGAGCGGAAUCCCCAGUUGAGCCCGUUCCAAUCCAUAGAGGUCAGCUCAAUCCUUUAUACUCAGAUCUAUUAUGGAUCUCUUCACUGCACCUUGCAAAUAACUCAUCCAACGUGGCACCUCUACGUACGUGCCAUCUUUUGGCAAUCACUGAUUGUCAAACUUCACUGGUGCAUUUUGGGUAACUCUGCUCUCUUGGACCCGAGACUCAAGAAAUUCGGGUUUGAGGGCUAG